UCUAUCAAGUUUCUGACCGUCGGAUAUUUGGUUAAUGGACACAUUUCUGCUUUGAAAUGUCAUUUCAGAUUUGUACGUUCAAUUGGCGGCAUAGAAAGUUUCUAAUGGUUCCAAGAACGGUGAAGACGAAGUCCGACUGCUGGAUACCCAGUUCUAACAAUGGGAAUUCAACCAACCGAUGUAGCAGCAAUGUAACCUUUCUUGAAGUUCAAAAUGGUUUGGAAUUAAAUGAAACUUAAGUGGACAGCGCCUCAAAACAAGCACGUCGUCCCCUCUGACUUUAGCACGGUCGGCGAGCGUUGGCUGCAAAGUUAAGGGUAUGGCUUUAUGAGAUGGGAGAGUAUGUCACGGUAAUCGCUCGUAUUUUAUGUUGGCUUUACCCAUUGUCAGUCAUGUAUUAUAUUCUAGUACUGUAAACUGAAACGUCAAAAAAAUAAUAAUAAAAUCACACAUGCGUUCCAAUUUCCCUUUUAGGAUGAAUCCUCUCCAUUCCUCUGGUUCUGGUGCUUGGUCUCCCAUCCUCUCCAUUCCUCUGGUUCUGGUGCUUGGUCUCCCAAAGCCGACAUGUCAGAGCCCACUCCUGUCGCCAUCAGCCAAUGGGCCGCCGCCGCCGAGAUGCCGCCUGACACCGCCAGCUGACUCGUUAUUGUUCUCCCGUGCGUACUUGCUCUUCUUAUUCGCCGGAUGGAUGUGAGCCAGGGUGUCGUGGAGCGGGUCCUUCUGCCGGAGUGACACGUUUGAGGAAAAGGCCUCACCCGCCGGAUCCACGCGACUCCAGACGCUGAGACGCAAACAUGUGGGAGGAGAGCUUUGAUAAGGAGCAGGACGUGGGCCAAAACCUGGACUACUCGCCCGUGUCGUGGCGUGAGUAUUUCGACCAAAUGGAGGAUGUGAGCGUGGGCCAGGCCGACAGCCGAGACGUCUUUAGGGUUUACAAAGCGGGAUGUGAGGGCCCCCUGCUGGUUCUUCUGCACGGAGGAGGACACUCGGCCCUGUCCUGGGCCGUCUUCACCACCGCCAUCGCUGCCAGAGUGGGCUGCCAGGUGCUCGCCAUGGACCUCAGGGGUCACGGUGACACUCUGGUCCGCCAAUCGGAUGACUUCUCCACUCAAACCAUGUCCAGCGACGUAGCCAACGUGGUCCGAGCCUGCCACGGCGAGAUCCCUCCCCCCGUGGUCCUGAUUGGCCACGGUGUCGGCGGCGCCAUCGCGGUGCACACAGCGAGCAAUGCACUAAUGCCCACCACGGUGGGACUUGUGGCCAUCGAUGUCGUGGAGGGAAGUGCGAUGGAGGCGCUUCACAGCAUACAGAACUUCCUGAAGGGAAGACCUAAGUCCUUCAAGUCUAUGGACCACGCCAUUGAGUGGAGCGUCAAGAGCGGACAAAUCCGUAACCUGGAAUCCGCCAGAGUGUCUAUGGUUGGUCAGAUCAAAAGGUGUGAGGCGGAGGAGACCGACAUGCUGGAGCGGGCCGGCCCGGUCAAGGACGUGGUGGAGGAACGCAAUGAGGAGUUCUACGACCGAAGCUACGUCGAUGAAGAGGAGAACGCCGCCACAGAGGCCAGCGUCGGCGAAGGCCAGAGUGUCUACAAAUGGCGCAUAGAUCUGUCCAAGUCUGAGAAGUACUGGGACGGCUGGUUUCGAGGAACCUCCAACCUGUUUUUGGCCUGCAACCUGCCCAAACUCCUCCUGUUGGCAGGAAUUGACCGGCUGGACCGAGACCUGACCAUUGGUCAGAUGCAAGGUAAAUUCAUGAUGCAGGUGCUGCCACCCUGUGGUCAUGCAGUGCAAGAAGACAAUCCAGACAAAGUAGCUGACGCCGUGGCCGCGUUCCUGUUGCGACACAAGUUCACGGAAACCAGAAGCGAAAGAACGAGUCCACGCUCUUCUUUGGGGAGCUGAGGUCCACUG